AUGGAAAUGGAAGAAGAGAAGGAUUUGCCUUUGUUAUUGGGAACCCCUUUCCUUAGUACAGUUGGCGCUUCAAUUGACUUUCACAAGCAAGAAGUGAUCCUUCACAAGGUGAAUAGUUUGGUGUCAUAUCGCUUGCAGCCUAGAGGUUCAGACUUUUGUGCCACAAUUGACAGUACCAAUCUCAGUUCUAAGAGUCAUGGAGCUACAAAGGUUGUGAAGGAAAGGGUUGACAAGGAACCAAGAGUUGGGAAGGAUAAGGAUGAGAGAGGACCAAGGAUUGAGAAGCCACGUCUUGAGAGGGCUAGAGUUGAGAAACCACGAUCUGAUAGGCCAAGAGCUGAGCGACUUGUUCAAGCCCCUUGUGUGCUUGAUGAAGAGAGCCUUCAAGCUUUGUUUGAUGAGCCACUAGGAAGGGCUCUAAAGAAGGGGAGGAUGCAGCCUCUAAGGCAAGACCAGGAGAUAAAAGAAAGGAUCCACCAGCUCAGGCCCCUUCAGUCAAGCCAUCUCAGCUCACAAUGA